AUGGCGAGGUCGCAUCGCACGCCGUCGCCCACCGCGACGGGGCAUUCGAGAAGGUCGUUCGCGCGUCAGCGUAGCGGCGAUAAUGGCGGCGCUUAUGGCUCCUCGACGAAUGUCGUCAUGAGCUGCAGCCCCGCGGCCACCCUCGAAUUCCCCGCCUCCCCUUCCGCCUCCCCUUCCGCCUUCCCUUCCGCCCCCGCGUGGCCGCACGUGUCCCAGAUUCCUCCUGUUGACUCGAUUCUAUGGCCGUCCGAUGCCGCAAGAUUCAACACAAACGGCGGAGAGUUAUUCCCCGCGUUUCACUGCGGAUUUCCCGCUGAAGGAGGAGCUGCUAAUGGUCCCGCGGCAGCCGACGUGGCGCUUGGGGAUUGGUUGAACAAGGCAGCGGCAUCAGCGGCGGUUGAAACGGUACCAAUGGUGGUGGAGCGGAGACAGAGGCGGUCGCUGAUGCAGCAGUGGUUCCACGAUGCUCCUCAUGGGCUCAUUCCGCCCGCCUUCCCUGAAAUCGGCCGAACCAGCCAAGUCAACCAAAUCAACCAAGUCAACCAAGUCAACGCCGGAUUCAACGCAGUCAAUGCUGUCAUCACGUUCAGAGCAUCGAGCAGAGUCAACGCGGUCAACACAGUUCACACGGUCAACACGGUGAUAACUGGCAGUGCCUGCACUGAACCCGAACCUGCUGACGCCAAUGUCAGACUCCUCCAAGCCUCGGAGCCAGCUCUGGAAUUGGAAUCCGAGCCUGCAACUUCGGUUGAGCCUCUGAAAGACAAUGCCUGUGGACACGCAAUCCCAGCAGCAGAGGAGAGGGAGGUGCAAGUUGGGGAGGUGGAGAUGGGGGAGGUGUUGGGGCGGCCAGUGGAGGACAUUCGGCGGAGGUGGCUUCUGUUGAAGAAGGAGAUAGGCAGGGGGCAGUACGGUGUGAUACGGAGAUGCGUGCACCGCAGCACCGGGGAACACGCUGCCUGCAAGAGCAUCCGGAAAUCCGCGUUCCAGGGUGCUGCUGACGUGGAGGCAGUGCAGAAUGAGGUGGCAUUCGUGGAGGAACUCAAGGGCCAUGCCAACAUCAUCAAAAUCAAACAGGCUGUAGAGACGCACAGGCACGUGCACGUGGUGAUGGAGCUCUGUGAGGGGGGAGACCUGUUUGACCUUAUUGACUCGCACGGAAGGCUCUCGGAACCUUCCGCAGCGCACAUCUUCCGAUCGCUCAUGCUGGCCUUGCAGCACUGCCACUCGCACGGCAUCGUGCACCGCGACGUCAAACCUGAGAACAUCCUUCUAUCACAACAUGCUUAUAACGAGGAUACUGAAGGAGCUGAUAUAAACGGCUGUGAAGUCAAGCUGAUUGAUUUUGGAUUGGCCGCUAGGCGCACUCCGGGUGUGGCUCUAUCGGGGGCGGUGGGCACGGCAAACUACAUGGCGCCGGAGGUUUUUUCUGAGUCGCACGGCGCUGAGUGCGACGUGUGGAGCGCUGGUGUCGUGCUCUUUAUGAUGCUCUGUGGCUCGUUUCCCUUCUAUGGGAACAGCUCCGCGAGCAACAGCAGCAGUGGUAGCAGCAGUAUGAAAUACGGAGGCAGCAGGAGCAGCAAUAGCAGUGAUGGUGGUGGGGGUGGUGUGUGGCAGAAGGUACUGGAGGCCAAGUGGGGUGGGUUCAGCCGCAGCCGGGGGUGGCAGGAGCUGUCGUCACCAGCCAAGCAUCUCAUCAUUCGCAUGCUCUCUGCUGAUCCCACCACCCGAAUCAGCGUGGACGAGAUUCUCGCCGUGCGCACGCCCUGCUGCCCGCGCUGUAGCAGCCGUCCGCACAGCAGCAGCUGCGCGCACAGCCACAGCCGCGCGCACAGCCACAGCCGCGCGCACAGCCACACCUGCGCGCGAAGCAGUAGCAGCCGCACGCGCCACUACAGCCACGUGCGCCCCUGCUGCCGCACGCACAGAGCCGCACAGGAGCAGCCGCACACGCACAGCAGCCGCAGCCACACGCACCAGCAGCCACGCGCGCAGCAGCAGCCGCACUCACAGCAGCAGCCGCCCGCGCAGCAGCCUCCACUCAUGCAACAGCAGCCGACCGUGCAACCGCACGAGCAGCACCUACCGCACCCGCAGCUGCAGUUGCACACGCCCUGCACCCCUACUUGUUGGUUCUGA